AUGGCCGAACCAUCAUGGGAAGAGCUUCUCGGCCAAGACAAUUGGCAAAACCUUUUGGAACCACUUGACCACUCACUUCGCCGUCUUAUCCUUCGAGCAGGCGAUUUCUGUCAAGCCACUUACGACACUUUCAUAAACGACCAAAACUCCAUCUACUGUGGAGCCAGCCGUUAUGGCAAACCAUCCUUCUUCCACAAAGUCAUGCUCGACGACGCUAGACACUACGACGUGGUUUCGUUCCUUUACGCCACGGCUCGUGUAAGUGACCACGAAGCCUUCUUUCUAAGCUCCAUGUCAAGAGAGUCUUGGGACCGUGAGACUAAUUGGAUCGGUUAUAUCACGGUGACGUCUGAUGAGCGGACGGCUGAGAUUGGAAGGAGAGAGAUCUAUGUUGUGUUUCGUGGGACGACGAGGAACUACGAGUGGGUUAAUGUGAUGGGAGCCAAGUUGACUUCGGUAGAGGAACUGUUGAUGGACGGUCGAGAUGGUCCUGAGGUUAUGCUUGGAUGGUUCACUAUUUAUACAACGGCUAAUCCUGACUCACCUUUCACCAAGAUGAGUGCACGUUCACAGCUUCUGACUAAGAUAAGAGAGCUGCUAGAGCUAUACAAGGACGAGAAGCCUAGCAUAGUCCUCACGGGACACAGUCUAGGUGCAACUAUAGCGACUCUCGCAGCACUGGACCUGGCAGAAAACGUUACAAGCGGCUCUAGCGACGUGACCCCGGUGACAGCUAUUGUGUUUGGUUCUCCGAGAGUUGGCAACAGAGAAUUCUUAAACAGAAUCAACAGACAUGAUAACGUGAGGAUAUUGCACGUGAAAAACGAAAUUGAUCUUAUCACACGUUAUCCAGCUAAGAUAAUGGGGUACGUCAACAUUGGGACCAAACUCAAAAUCGAUACAAGAGUUUCACCUUAUCUUAAAGAAACCCAUCAUCCUGGUGACUGGCAUAACCUUCAGGCUAUGUUACAUGUAGUAGCGGGAUGGAAUGGGAAGAACCAGAAGUACGAGAUGAAAGUGAACAGAAGCAUAGCGUUGGUUAACAAAUCUUGUGCCCUGUUGAAAGAGGAGUGUUUGGUUCCCGAGUGUUGGUGGGUGGAGAAAAACAAAGGCAUGCUCAAGAAUGAAGACGGUGAUUGGGUCAUGGCUACUCCCCACGAUGAAGACAUGCCCGUGGUCGAGUUUGACUAAUUAUCUUUGAUUUUUGGUUUGAUUUGAUUUUUUUCUUGAUGUAUGGUUUGUAAAUGCCUGG